AUGAAAAGUUCGGCGGCGGGCGGGCGGGCGGCGCGGGGCCGAUUUUUUCCGGCGCCGAGGGUGACUCCCCCGCGCGAGCGGCCGAAAACUUUUCCCGCUAGUUUCGACGGGGCGCACUUCGGCCGGUGCACGCGGCAGUGCGCGCGUCGCGCUUUGGCCGGCGCGCGGGAAGUUCGCUCCGUUCGAAUGUUAGUUAACUUGUCGAGUUCGACGUCGGCGUUCGGCGCGUGUGAAGUGCGUCCGCGUGCGUGUUGCGACGCGUGCGUCGGGUUCCGCGGCCGUGUCGCGACUCGCGGCGCGUGGGGCCCGUACUUGCGGUGUCCGCCGGCGGUGGCUAUUAAUACGCGGCGUACGUCCGCGCCCGUCGACUUCGGGCAAAGUUUCGCGGGCGAGUCGGUGCGCCGGCGAGCGAGAGGCGGCGACGGCGCGGGCGCGGCGGGCGGCGGAGCGCACUUUGCGGUCGGGCCUUUGCUGUUCACCCUUCAUUAUUCCAAAGUCCAAUAUUUGCACGAGAAGCACGACGACUCCACUGCUCGCGCACAAAUGCAAGGUCCUAGUCCGUCGCCCUCGUUAGAGAAGCUCAAAUUAAUGCAGGCCAUUCUCCGGCUGACGCCCGCCCAGUUGUUCUUAAAUCUAAUUACCAUCCCGCACCCGCUCCCGCCGCCGCCGCCGCUACCGCGACCGCUCCCACUAUGCGCACAGACUGAU